AUGCAAUUGAAGAACAUCUUAGCUAUCUCAGCUAUUGCUGGCUUAGCUUCAGCAGCUAACAACUCUACUUUGACUACUGCUACCCCAUCAGUCAAGAGUGAUUGUUCCUUCUCCUCUUUUACUGCUACCAACUCAGCUCAAGUUGCCUCUGUUGCUGCUUGUGAAACCGCUGUUGGUGAAGUUACCAUCAAUGGUGACGCUUUUGGUACCGUUGAAUUGACCGGUUUGGAACAAUUGUACGGUGACUUGUCCAUCUUGAACGCCACUCAAGCAACUACUGUCAAUGCACCAACCUUGCAAUUGGUCUCAGGUGCCUUGGAAAUCAAUGCCAACACCAUCUUGGCCAACUUGAACUUGGCUCAAUUGACCACCGUCGGUACCUUCAACUUGAACGCUUUGCCAGCCUUGGAAUCUACCGGUUUGACCGCUGGUCUUACUUCGGCCGAAGAAAUUAUCAUCUCAGACACUGGUUUGAACCAAUUGACCGGUAUCAAUGUUUACAAAUUGAAGGUGUUCAAUGUCAACAACAAUGACGAUAUCGACACCAUCGACUCAGGAUUGCAAGAAGUCACCGACACCAUCGACAUUUCAUACAAUGCCGAAAAAGUUGACGUUAUCUUGAACCAAUUGAGCUCAGCAAAGAAUAUCAUCUUGCAAUCCAUCAACUCAUUCCAAGCACCAAACUUGACCGUUGCCAAUGGUUCCAUUGCAUUCACCUCAUCCUCAAUUGAAGAAAUCAAGUUUGCAAACUUGAAGUCCAUUGGAAACUCAUUGACCAUCAACAAGAAUGACGACUUGGAAGAACUUGACUUCCCUAAAUUGACCUCCAUCGGUGGUGCUUUGCAAAUCUCUGACAAUGAAAACUUGAAAUCAUUGGAUGGUUUCUCUGAAUUGGAGACCGUUGGUGGUUCAGUUAACAUUAACGGUUCUUUUGACAAUGGUACCUUUGACUCCUUGUCAAGAGUCUCUGGUGGUUUCAUCUUGAAGAUUGACGGUGAAUUGUCAUGUUCCGCAUUCAACAAGUUGAACUCCAACGGUGACGUUAAGGGUGACAAAUUCCAAUGUCAAGAUAAAGUCACCACCUCAUCAUCCUCAUCCGCUAAAUCAAGCGCUACUGGCUCAUCAUCAGACUCAACCGAUGGCUCAUCAUCUGGAUCCGACUCUAGCUCAUCCGAAUCUGGAUCAAGCUCAUCCACCAAGGCAUCUGAAGGUGCUUCAAACGUUGGCAAAUUGGCUUCUGUUGUUGCCGCUUUUGCUGCUGUCGGUGUUGCAUUGAUUUAA